AUUACUCCUGUAUCCAGAAUUUCCCAAGGAGUGCCACUUGCUGCUUAAAUGUCAAGUGCUGAGCAAUUCCUCAUAUCCACAGAGAUGUUAAACUUAGCCUGGAUGCUUGCUGUUAUCUGAAAACCGUGGAGGGAUCAGGACCAAUUUGUGAGCAGCCUAGCAGCAGCAGUAGCACUGCUCCCUGGGACCAAAGGCUAUGGGGGCUGGUGGAAGGCUCUUCAACCCCACACCUGGCACCUAUUCACAAUUAGCUGCUGCAGCGAGGGACUGGGGGUGGUUCAGAGGCUCUUCAGCAGGGUCCAUAAGGACUGGGGUUGGAAACAGAGAGACUAAAGUCUGAAUGUGGUGCUGCAGUGGUGAGAGAUUGCAUUCCCAAGGCACAGGCUAUGGCAUGUGAUCCUUACACUUUGAAGCAGGAAUCCCUAACUUGGAGAUGUUCAGCGAGCUGGAGAUUAGUCUGCCAGGCAGAGCUGGAGACCCAGAGCACCACACUGUUGCUGCUGCUAUGUACUGCACUAGCAAAUGCAGUCAUUGAGAAGAGUGCAAGAGCUCCCUCGGAUCAAGGGCACAGCCCACUCUUUCGUCAGAUUUCUAUGCUCGGCCCACCUUCAAAGUCAAUGAUCCAGGCUGGAAGACAAUGGAAGUGAAGCUGCAUCCUCGAAAAUACAGGUGUCUUCAUCCAUUUCCAGAGCAGACCUGAAACGGGAAGGACGGACAAGCUUCUCCUUGCUGUCUUUUGCUGAUCUCAUCUCUCAGUUUCACUAGAGCUGAUUUCAGGGAGAAGAAAUCUGAUAAUUCUUAAAGAGGAUUCUCACUUGGAAUGAGAAUAUUGCCAUCAUGAGCCAACAAGGCUAUGUUGCAGCUCCUCCAUAUUCCCAAUCCCAGCCAGGAAUAGGAGGCUUUUCUGCAGGUUUUGGAGCACCUAAUUCAUCGCUUCAUUAUGGGCAUUAUGGGGACCCUAACUCCUCAUACUCGGCACCUCAACCAGGUGUGUCAAAAUCAAAUGUGCCUUUUGGAUCUGCUCUUGUUGGGCCUCCGCCACUGCGUACACAUCAGUUCAGCCAGACCAACUUCCAAAAUGGGCCCAGCGCACCAGUUCAACAGCCACAUAGGUUUCAAGGCCCUCCACCUCCAAGCAAUGCGGGAUCUUCUUAUCCUUCCUACAAUCAGCAGUCACAACCAGCCUACCCAAAUACUGCAUCCACUUCAGCUACUGCACAACUUGCUAACCAGCUGAACAGCAUGCAGAUAACUAGCUAUGGUCCUGGAACUACUCCGAGCUCUCGCAUGUCUACUGGGCAUCCAACGUCUUUUCAGGGUCCGCAACCAGCGCAGCAGCAAAUGACUUUACCACCUGGAUCACAGGUUGCUCCACCAGCAAAUAAUGUUAAUGGCCUUUGUGCUCAACCAUCAUUGCCCCCUGUGCCCAGACAAGAUGGAAUCACUGGACCUGUUCCCCCAAAUCCUAGCUUGCAACAGCUUUCAGGACAACCUCCAGGGCCUGGAUAUCAUCCUCAGCAAGCAAACUAUGGUCCUCAGAUGGCAGGAUCUCAACUGUCUUAUCCUGGUGCUUUUCCUGGGGGUCCGGCACAGCUCCCAGGUCCACAGCAGAAGAAGCUUGAUCCUGACUCUAUUCCAAGCCCAAUUCAAGUAAUUGAAAGCGAUAAGGCUUCUAGGGGAGGGCAGAUCUAUGCCACGAACACAAGAGGACAAGUUCCUCCUCUGGUCACCACAGACUGCGUAAUCCAAGACCAAGGUCACGCCAGCCCUCGUUAUAUCCGAUGUACUACCUACUGCUUCCCAUCAUCUUCAGAGAUGGCCAAACAGGCUCGUAUUCCGCUGGCAGCUGUCAUCCAGCCUUUUGCUGUUGUUCCACCAAAUGAGACCCCUCUUUAUGUUGUAAACCAUGGUGAGACUGGACCAAUCCGAUGCAACCGGUGCAAAGCUUAUAUGUGUCCCUUCAUGCAGUUCAUUGAAGGGGGAAGAAGAUACCAGUGUGGAUUUUGCAGUUGUAUAAAUGAUGUCCCUCCAUUCUUCUUUCAACAUCUGGACCACAUAGGCCGACGGGUAGACCACUAUGAAAGGCCUGAGCUGUCCCUGGGAUCUUACGAAUAUGUUGCUACUUUGGAUUAUUGCCGAAACAACAAGCCUCCAAAGGCACCGGCAUAUAUCUUCAUGAUUGAUGUAUCGUACAGAAACAUAAAGAGUGGCCUUGUUAAACUCAUAUGUGAUGAACUGAAGACUCUACUAGAUAAACUUCCAAGAGAAGAAGAAGAAGAAUCCUCAGCAAUUCGAGUUGGUUUUGUCACUUACAACAAGGUCCUCCACUUCUUUAAUGUAAAAAGCAGCUUAGCUCAGCCUCAGAUGAUGGUGGUCUCAGAUGUUGGCGAAGUUUUUGUUCCUCUGCUGGAUGGUUUCCUUGUUAACUUCCAGGAAUCACAAUCUGUUGUUAUCAACUUGUUGGACCAGAUUCCAGAGAUGUUUGCUGACACUAAUGAGAGUGAGACCAUCUUCGCUCCUGUUAUCCAGGCUGGCAUGGAAGCGCUAAAGGCUGCAGAAUGUGCUGGAAAACUGUUUAUCUUCCAUUCUUCAUUGCCAACUGGUGAAGCACCAGGGAAGCUGAGAAACAGGGAUGACAAAAAACUACUCAAUACAGAUAAAGAAAAGACACUCUUCCAGCCCCAGGUGAAUUUUUAUGAGGCCUUAGCCAGGGAUUGUGUGGCUAAUGGCUGCUGUGUGAAUUUGUUCCUCUUCCCAAAUCAGUAUGUGGAUGUAGCUUCCAUGGGUCUUGUCACAAUGUACACUGGAGGAACGUUGUACAAGUACAACAAUUUCCAGCUCGAUGCUGACAGCCCGCGGUUCUUAAGUGACCUCAGGAAGGACAUUGGAAAGAAGACUGGAUUUGAUGCAAUCAUGAGAGUGCGGACAAGUACAGGCUUCAGAGCUACAGACUUUUUUGGUGCUAUUUACAUGAACAACACCACAGAUGUAGAGAUGGCAGCAGUUGACUGUGACAAGGCAGUGACCGUAGAGUUCAAACAUGAUGACAAACUGAAUGAAGACAGUGGAGCCUUAAUUCAGUGUGCUGUCCUGUACACAUCAGUAAGUGGGCAAAGAAGACUUCGCAUACACAAUAUUGGUUUGAAUUGUAGCUCCCAGUUACCUGAUGUCUACAAGACUUGUGAAACUGAUGCACUUAUCAACUUCUUUGCCAAGUCAGCUUUUAAAGCCAUUCUAAGCCAACCUCUGAAGACGGUCAGAGAGAUCCUGGUGAAUCAGACAGCUCACAUGCUGGCAUGUUACAGGAAGAACUGUGCCAGCCCCUCAGCCGUCAGCCAGCUCAUCCUUCCAGACGCUAUGAAGGUGCUGCCAGUGUACAUGAACUCCCUGCUGAAGAGCUGCGUGCUGGCUGGCAGACCAGAGAUCCCAACGGACGAGCGCACCUACCAGCGGCAGCUGGUCAUGGCCAUGGGCGUUGCUGACACGCAGCUGCUGUUCUAUCCCCAGCUUCUGCCAAUUCACAGCCUGGACUUGAAGAGUGAAGGUGUCCCAGCUGCUGUCCGCUGCUCUGAGGAACGGCUGUUGGAAGGAGGGGCCUUCCUGCUGGCCAAUGGGCUGAGCAUGUUCCUGUGGCUGGGGGUCAGCGCGCCCCCCGAGCUCAUCCAGGGGCUCUUCAACGUGCCAUCCUUUGCACACAUCAGCACGGAGGCCACAUCACUGCCUGACCUGGACAAUCCAUUUUCUAAGAAACUCAAGUCAAUACUGGAGCAUAUCCAGAGCCAAAAGCCCUACACUAUGAAGUUGAUGAUUGUGAAACAACGGGAGCAGCCAGAGAUGCUUUUCCGACAGUUCCUAGUAGAAGACAAGAAUAUUUAUGGAGGAGCUUCCUAUGUGGAUUUCUUAUGCUGUGUUCACAAAGAGAUCUGCCAGCUGCUCAGUUAAGAAAACGCAGUGUAAUUUGUCUAUUGUUUUGAUUUUGCAAGAGGGAUGGUCAUUGUGCCUGAAGGCUGGCCCAUAGCUCCACCCUGCCUGGGCAUUCUUCUGUGCUUUAGGGAACCUCUUCUGUGCUCUCCUUGUACAGUUUCAUUUCUCACAGCCUCUCUCAGAGUAUUUAGUUUCCUUACAAAGCUUUAGAAUAGGAUGUUCUGCGUUCAGGUAUUGAAUCUUCUGGGAGAGUGCUGACCCUUUCUCUGAGUUGAACUGCCACAUUCCAAACUGUCAAUGCUUAAAGCAUAUGGUAUGCAUUUAUUAAAAAUAAUUUGGAAAACUCUAAUAAUUAUUCCUUUUGCUACUCACAAGCUGUACAACAGCCAGGAAAGAUGCUAUACAGAAGAAGAAAAAAAUUCAGACCAUUGCUUUUUCUAAGUGAGGACAUCCAGCUGAAUCAGUAAUGCAGAAAUCAUGUUGUUCAAUCUGAGUACUUCCAAGUCCUUGACGUAAAGCUAAUCUCUAAAAAAAUAAUCCCUUUUUUCCUGGAAGGGACAAGCAUUACUCUCUACAGAAACAGAGCUCUGGGUAACCUUCCACAUGCAGGCUUAUCCAGGACACACAAAUGCCUCAUUUUUAUAACUGGACUUAAUUAGAAGUUCAAGAAGAAUGGACCACAGGAAGAAGAGUAAUCAACCAAUCAUUUUGCUAAAUUUGGCUGAUAAUGCCACGCGAUUAUGCUACAAUAGUCUUAAAGGCAGGAAUUAAUUUAGCUUACAAUUUAAUUACAUUUUCAGAAUUGAACAUUAGGUCUUAUUUAGUACAUUUGCUAACUGGAAUAUUCUCAAUACAACUUAGAUAAAACAUCUAUCCCCCAAAAUUUCAGUGGCAGGUCAGCUGUGUGCCAGCUGACAUACCAACCAAAGAUUACUUGUAGUGCUAUAAAAUGUGACAGUGACUCCUCUCACAUGGCUGAUUUAUUCAACAGUCACUGCUUUGAAAAAAUAAGCCUCUGCUAAUAAAUAUGAAUGUUUAAUUAGAAUUUAGAAAGCCAGAGUCUUUGAAGAGCUGUUUACCUCAGAUUACAUCAGUGGGUAUCUGUAGGAACGAUGCCUCUGCACAUUCGAACUUUGGCAAACCUGAAAAGUUAUUGUUUCAGAAAUCAGUGUUUCAAAGAGACCAAAAACCCUCAAAAGUAAAUAUAAGAGUUGGGCCUCAUAAAAAAGUAAAAGUGCCUUUAAUAAUGUUAGUAUCGCUACUUAGUGUUUUUAAUUAAAUUUUAAUAAUCAAAAUAAGCAAUCUGGAUGCAUAUUUUUUAAUUUCACAGCUUACCAAAACAGUUCUAUCCUUUGGCAUUGACUGAGAGCUCUUAAAAUAAAGUGGCUAAAUAAGUGGCUCUAUUACAAAAAGAUCCUCAGACUCAAUUCAGCUGCCACGACAAGCACUUUUUAGCUGAAGAUGUUACCCUGUAAAAAGAAUUUGUUGCCAUUCCUAAUCAGUUUACUUUGUAAAAUGACACCAGCAACUAUGUGUAAAGAAAUAAGCAAUUAUUAAAUGUAAUCAUAACGUG